CGCUCGCUGCCGCCCUCGCUGCCGCCGGCGGGUGCGGGGCCGCCCCCCGCCCGCAACUUCGAACGAUGAUCACUGUCAACGCGGAUGGCAAGAUAAUGGUCAGAAGAUGCCUCGUCACCUUGAGACCCUUUAGGAUUUUCGUGCUGGGCAUUGGAUUUUUCACCCUGUGCUUCCUGAUGACCUCCCUGGGAGGGCAGUUCUCAGCCAAGCGCCUGGGGGACUCUCCCUUCACCAUCCGCACCGAAGUGAUGGGUGCACUCGAGUCCCGAGGGCUGCUGCGGAGGAUGAGCGACAUGCUGGAGAUGCUGAUGAAGAGGAUGGACAUCCUGGCCAGGCUGGAGAACAGCACUGACUUCCACAGAGGGGAGGACGCACGAUUCCCUCUGGACAGGUUCCAGCCAGCAGCUGGGCUGAUGGAGAGGAUCCAGGCCAUAGCUCAGAACGUGUCAGAUAUUGCAGUAAAGGUGGAUCAGAUUCUCCGGAACAGCCUCCUCAAUGGGAAAGGGAUGGAAGGCAGGAGGGAUCAGUGUGAGGUGCCCAGGGACCCCAAGUACCCCGACUGUGCUGGGAAGGUGGAGUGGAUGAGGGCCCGCUGGACCUCUGACCCCUGCUACGCGUUUUUCGGGGUGGAUGGCACCGAGUGCUCCUUCCUCAUCUACCUCAGCGAGGUGGAGUGGUUCUGUCCCCCCCUGCCCUGGAGGAACAGGACAGUGGCCGUGCCCUCCCCGCCACCAAAGCCACAGGCACAGGCAGCCUUCAGGAGGGACGUGGCUCGCCUGCUGGAGCUGGUUGGCACGGGGAAGGAGUCGCUGAGCUUCAUGAAGAAGCGGAUCCGGCACCUGGCGCAGCAGUGGCUGCGGGCGGCGCGGCGCCUCGAGCAGAGGCUGGCGGGACGGCAGCGCCUCCAGAAACACAUCUUGAUCCACAUUGGCUUCCUGACAGAGGAGUCAGGGGAUGUUUUCAGCCCACGGGUGCUGAAGGGAGGCCCUCUGGGUGAGAUGGUGCAGUGGGCUGACAUCCUGGCUGCCCUCUUCAUGCUGGGACACAGCCUGAGGGUCACAGUCUCCCUGAAGGAGCUGCAGAGUCACUUAGGGGUGCCUCCAGGACGGGGGAACUGCCCCCUGACCAGUCCUCUGCCCUUCGACCUGAUUUACACCGACUACCACGGCCUGCAGCAGAUGAAGCAGCACAUGGGGCUCUCCUUUAAGAAAUACAGGUGCCGUGUGAGGGUCAUUGACACGUUUGGGACAGAGCCAGCCUACAACCACGAGGAGUACGCCACGCUGCGCGGCUACCGCACCAACUGGGGCUACUGGAACCUGCAGCCAGCCCAGUUCAUGACCAUGUUCCCUCACACCCCUGACAACUCCUUCAUGGGCUUCGUGUCGGAGGAGCUCAACCAGACGGAGAGGCAGCUCAUCAAGGCCAACAAAGUGAGCAGCAUGGCCGUGGUGUACGGCAAGGAGGCCAGCAUCUGGAAGGGCAAGGAGAAGUUCCUGGCCAUCCUCAACAAGUACAUGGAGAUCCAUGGCACGGUUUAUUACGAGACGCAGCGGCCGCCCGAGGUGCCGGCGUUCGUCAAGAACCACGGGCUGCUGCCCCAGCACGAGUUCCAGCAGCUGCUGAGGAAGGCCAAGCUCUUCAUUGGCUUCGGGUUCCCCUACGAGGGCCCGGCCCCGCUGGAGGCCAUCGCCAACGGCUGCGUGUUCCUGCAGGCGCGCUUCCAGCCUCCCCACAGCUCCCUCAACCACGAGUUCUUCCGCGGGAAGCCCACCUCCAGAGAGGUCUCCUCCCAACACCCAUAUGCUGAGGACUUCAUUGGGAAGCCCCACGUGUGGACUGUUGACUACAACAACUCCGAGGAGUUCGAGGCUGCCAUCAAAACCAUCAUGAGGACACAGGUGGACCCUUACCUGCCUUACGAGUACACCUGCGAGGGGAUGCUGGAGCGGAUCCACGCCUACAUUCAGCACCAGGAUUUCUGCACCGCGUCUCCCGCUCCUCCGUCUCCCAAGACCAGGAGUGCUGCUAUGCAAAGCGCUGCGAGCCCGCUGGCGCUGUCCCCCAACUCCACGCACCUGGUGUGGGCGGGCGGGGCGCCCCAGGGCUGGCCCCCGGCGGGCUCCCUGCAGGUGUGGCUGUCGGAGCCGCAGCACGCGUGCACCGAGACGUGCCGCCGGCGCGGGCUGGUCUGCGAGCCCACCUUCUUCAGGUUCCUCAACAGGGAGGAGGUGUUCCUGCAGCUCAGCGUGGCGUGCGACAGCACGGAGCUGGAGAUGAACCACCUGUACCCGGCGGUGGCGCCCAACGUGCGCGAGUGCUACCUGCAGAAGGAGCCGCUGCUCUUCAGCUGCGCCGGCCACCACGCCAAGUACCGCCGCCUCUGCCCCUGCCGCGACUUCCGCCCGGGACAGGUGGCUCUGUGCAGGGACUGCUUGUGACACCGCGUCCCACCGCGUCCCACCGCGCCCCACCGCGGGGGCUCCUCCUCGCAGCUGCAGGAGCGGGGACAGAGUCCGCUGACAGACUCUGCGGGUUGUUUUGGCCGCCAGCCAGCUGUGAAUGAACGUGUCCUGAGCUUUGGGGUUGUUUUCUUCCCGAGGAGCAUCGUCAGAACCCGCCUGGACCUGGUGGUGCUGGGAUGGGGUGGUGGGCAGAGACCUUCCCCUCCUCUGCCAAUGGGACAAGCCACCAGCAGACUGCAGUUUCAGGGUUUUCAUCUUCUUCAAGCAUCCUAAGUUGUUUUAUUUAUUGAUUUAUUUUUUUUUUAACCCUCACCCUGACAAGUGGUAAAUUAAAGGGGAAUCCACACCCAG